AUAAUAUUUAAGGACAUCUACUUUUGUGCUCAAAUUAGCGAUCUAUUCAUGGACGCACUAGAAGAGAAAUCGUACACAGAUCAUAAGCUGCUUAAAUUUAAGUCUCUUGUUAGUAUUAAACGUCAUUGUUAAAAAACAAAACGCUUGAUGAACUGAAAUGUUUAGUGGAGAGGAUGGAUGCCUCCAACAAGAUCCUAGCUAGAACAUUGCUCAAUAAUGCAUUUACAGCUAUUUUAAUGAUCUUCGAUAAUGCAAACACAAUUGAAAAAAUAUCUACUGAAAGCAAUAUCCAGAAUUUAGAAAAUUGUCCUCCGUUGAAAAAACAUGAUGCUGAAAAAACAAAGCAUGACAUGCAUGGAUCUUUUAGUGAGGUGGAGGAAGGAAAAUCCAGCAAUGAUUCUGCCAAGGACAAAGUCAUUAGUAAUGAGUUUAACGCAAAUAAUAACAAAUUUAGGGUUGAAAUUGCAGAAUAUGAGCAUGACCAUCAUAUACACAAAAAUAUUGAGAGGCAAGACCCUUGCAUAAACAAUCCAGAGUGUACGGAAAUUUCAACUCCAUGGCUGCCUGUGGAAAAUAAUUUGUCAGAAGAUGGUGACGGCACAAUUUGUAAGCAAGAGCUUACAAAUGAUAAUUCUCAGACUAUCAGAAAUGAUGAAAAGAUCACUUUUGAGUUCAUUCGGAUUUCAGAUGGGUCAGCCUAUCAGAUGAUUGUUGAAGAAAAAGUUGCUAACAACAGCAACCAAGCAGGGGAGGCAGAUUUAGGCUCUGUUGUUAGGAGAUCAAAAAGGAAAGUCAAACAUAGUACUGAAGAUGGUGAUGACCUUGCGCAUAGCGAUGAACCAUCACUGCUAGGUAACAAGGCCAAACGAGGCAAAGGUCGACCUUGUACAGGAAAACUACCAGAGCCUUUGAUAAACGACAAAGGUGAAAAAGUUCACGUUUGUGAAGUCUGCAAGCUCGAAUUGAAAACAUACCAUUCAUUACUUGUGCACACACGCACCCACACAGGCCAACGCCCGUUCGCCUGCGAGAUUUGCCAGAAGACGUUUACGACGAAGGGCAACAUGACGGCCCACAUGUCCACGACCCACAGCGAGGUGAAGCCCUGGACAUGUGAGAGCUGUGGCAAGGCAUUCAAGGAGAAGAAAGUUCUGGAGGUCCAUAUGAGAACCCAUACUGGGGAAAAACCAUACAGCUGCCCCGAGUGCUCCAAAUGUUUCAACCAGAAUGGUGUAUUGAAGGAGCACAUGUUGAUUCAUGAGGGAGUCAAACCACACCUCUGUGACCUAUGUGGCCAGUACUUCAGAACCAUGUCGAACCUGAAGGCUCACAAACGCAGACAUGAGAACGAACUCAGGCUGCAGUGUCCCACUUGUGGACUGUAUUUCUCAGGAAAAAAUGCCUUGAAGCAACACGAAGCGAUUCAUAAUGUUGAAACAACCUGUGAAAUGUGCAAUAUUGCCUUCAAUUCAACAGAUAGUUUGCAGCAGCAUCUUUUCUCCGUUCAUGGAGAGUUGACUGCUACUCAAAUAUAUCAGUGCACAGACUGCAAUCAGAAUUUCUUGAACCAGUCUGAAUUUGUUAUUCACAGGAAGUUGCAUGGGGAUUUUGUGGUAACCAGUCAGAUGCAGGAAGUGGGUGGGGUGAAUGAAAACUUUAUUUUCAGCCAGUCUGGCAUCGAGACAGUGUAUCUGACAACAGAAAAUUCAAACGAGAGUAAGCAAUUAAUGACUUUUGGAGAUCAGGAACCAGUAAAAAUAAUUGUAGGUGACAAUGUCGGGAUGGAUUUUGAGAAAUUUCAGCUGAUCUCUGCAGCCAUGAAUGCUGAUGUUUCACUUCUCAAUUCGGACAGCAGCAAGCCGUUGUACCAGGUGUACUGUGUUAACCCCAAUACUCAGGAGGUCUUAGGUCAGGUUCAGGACCCAGACGAUGCUUCCAUUGUCUUGAACUCAUAGACUGCAUAUUUACCCUUGCACUUUCAAGACAAAAUAGACCUGUGGGUAUAUACAAUUAUCAACCUUAAUUUUUGUUCAAGAUUCUUAGUUCAGGGAUUUUAAGUAAAUAACAGCCAUGUGCAAUUGUUCAUUAACCAGGCUGUCACCCUUUGUGUGCGGGUUGCUUCAAGCAUGAACCCGGUAGUUUCAUUUGGGGAAAAAAGUCAAAGGGUCAAGUUUACCAUUUCUUAAGAUAGAAAAAUGUUUUGUGCUCAACGACUUUAUCUUUUGGCAUAGUAAUUAUCCUGAAAUUUAUUGUGCAGGUAAUAUAUAUAUGUAUACCAGCUUGGGAUGUCAAAGUUGGGUAUAGAUCAAGGUCACUGUAAGUGUUUUUAAAUAUUGAAAAUCUCUGCACAAUAGUUUUCAUUUUUAUGCAUGUAAUGAUUCAAAUUUGUGUUUGUUUGUAGCUUACUUUCAGUUGAAACAAGUUGGAUCAAGGUCAAAUUACUUAAAAUUUUACUUAAAAUACAAAAACGGUUUCCCUCUCAAUAACUUCAGUUCGGAUGGAUGAAUUGCGCGAACAUUGUGUGUGUUGAUAGAUUUCAAGCAAGCCUUGCUUGGGAUUGAACAAUCAUUUAAAUACCUAACUAAAAUAUUGAAAACCCUUUCAUGGCAUUGCAAAGGUUCUUGUUUAAUGUAACCCAUAAGUGGUAAACACUUUUAUUGAUGAACAACUGUGUACAAGUCAAUGUUUUUCAUUAAGUAACCAGUGAAUGAUUGAUUUUUUCACAAGCGGUUAUACAGAAAGAUAUUUUCACAAGUGCCAUUCCAGGACAUUAAGAUGAAAGUUGUCCUGUAUUGCACCUUAUACUGUAAAGACCACCAACAGCAGGAGGUUGAGCUUUAUGACAAGUGUCAUGAUCUGUGCGGCGUUUAAUGAAGUUUUAUCUAUAUCUUUCAUGGAUUUAUGAUAUAAACAUUUUUGUGAAUAUUCUACACGGAUUUAUAUUUGUUAGAAAAAGUAACAAACUGGUAUAUUGAUGUAAUUGAUAGAUAUGUUUUUAUAAAAUGUUUGGUCUGUGAAAAUUAUAUAAUCUGUAAAUAUC